AUGUCUUCAGCUGCGACGGCCGCUCGACACAUCAUCGGGUAUGCAGACCCCCUCGUCGUUUCGCCUGGGGAGCGCGUGGGCGUCCAAGUGUCCUGCCAUCGCCCUUCGUACACCAGCCGGCUUGUGCGGCUCGGGCCUGGCUUUUCGCACGCCAACGCGCCACCGCCAAAUCACCAGCCCAUUGAAGGGGUGCCCCCAGCUGUGCACCCUGGCCGGCCCCAGUUUUCGCGGCCCGGCUCGUAUGCGACAGUGCCGUGGUUCGUCAACGCCGACGCCACCCAUGGCGCCAUUCUCACCGUCUCCUUCUGGGCCCAGCCCUUUCUUCCUCAGCACGCACCCCACGACCAAUACCUCUUCUCUACCCUCGAUGCCGACGGGCGUGCGGGAUUUGCCGCCUUCAUUGAUGCGGACGGCAACCUGACCCUCGCUGUCGGCAGCGACGAGGGCCGUCAGACGGCGCGCCUUAACGUCAGCCUCGCACGACACUCUUGGUACUUCCUCACCUUCACUUUCGACGCCUCUGCGCGCGCCGUGGCCGCGUCUGCCAAAAGCAAGGCGAGCCAUGUCGCCACCUCGCAGACGCACCAGGAAUCCCUCCCCCUAACGCACCCAUUUAUCCUUUCGUCCUCGCGGCCGUUGACCCUUGCGAGCUCCUCGAGUCAGGAUCGCGUAGCGGCCGUCCCCAUUGACUCGGCUACCUUCAAUGGUAAGAUCGACAGUUUCAAGAUCCAACUCAUCCGCGGUGCUGCCUCCGAAACGGUCCUGCACCUCGACUUCUCCAAGGACAUUCCCACCGACCAAAUUGUCGAUGUCUCCAACGGCGCCCUUCGAGGCAUUCUCUUCAAUUGUCCCGCAAGAGCCGUGACAGGACACGAUUGGGACGCGUCUGAGAACGCGUGGAGUCGUGCUUCUUACGGCUAUGGAGCGAUCCACUUUCACGACGACGACGUGGAUGAUGCAGCGUGGGCGACUGACUUCGACCUCACUCUGCCCAAGGCCCUUACCUCCGGAUGCUACGGGGUGGUGAUCAACGACGACGAGUCUGAAGAUAUCGUUCCAUUCUUCGUCAGGCCUGAUUUAGAACAGCCCCCAACGAAUAAGGUGGUAAUGAUCAUCCCAACUUUCACGUACACGGCCUAUGCCAACGACCGCAUGUACGACACAACCAGAGACGUUCAUAUUGACAUUCCAGGAUCAGACGCUGUACAGCGCGGUCACCACAUACGCAUUCUAGAGGCUCGUCCCGACCUGGGCAUCUCUCUCUAUGAUAGCCACAACGACGGCUCCGGCACCACCCACUCAUCAACCAAGCGUGUUGUUCUCAACAUGAGGCCAGACUACUUCCACUGGGGAUUCGGCGGCCCCCGCGAGCUACCCGCUGACCUAUGGUUCAUCGGCUUUCUUGACAAGGAGCUUGGGCCUGGUAAUUACGACGUGAUCACCGAUCACGAUCUCUCACGCUACGGGACCCCCUUGCUGCUUCGGUAUCAAGUCGCUCUUACCGGCAGCCAUCCAGAAUACCCUACAUACGCCAUGCUAGAUGCAUAUGAUACCUUCCUUGCGGCAGGUCGCUUCUUCAUGUAUCUAGGUGGAAACGGCUACUAUUGGGUCACUGGACACGAUGCUGAUCCCAAGCGCACUCAUCGACUCGAAGUUCGACGAGCAGAUCAAGGCUGCAGGGUGUUUGGCCUGCCUCCGGGCCACUGGUUCCUUGCGCUGACUGGCGAACAAGGAGGGCUUUGGCGCAGCCGUGGACGAACUCCGAACCGCAUCUGUGGGCUGGGCUCCGAUGCGUGCGGCAUGGGGCAAGGCGCUCCUUACGGGAUCGUGCCCGAAGCAAGGCAAAAUCCGAAGCUCGCGUUCCUAUUCAAAGGCCACGGACUGGAGGAGAAUGACAUCAUUGGGGACUUCGGCCUUGUGCAAGGCGCGGCGUCGGGGGACGAGAUUGAUCGCCUGGACUACUCGCUCGGCACGCCCGAAAACGCAGUCCUUGUUGCGACCUCGAAGCUUGCUGGCGGCCACUCCGAUAAUUACGCCUUGUUCAACGAGGAGAUCUUGUUUCCUAUGGUGAACACACUAGGAACAACAUCGGACAAGGUAAGAAGCGAUCUUGUUUAUUUCGACACUGCGAGCGGAGGCGCCGUUUUCGGGGUUGGGAGCAUCAACUGGGUUGGCAGUCUCGCCUGGAAGAAUUACGACAACAACGCAGCACAGAUCACUGCGAAUGCGCUGCAUGAGUUUGUGAGGAGGAGUUCCGGCAUGGCUCAAGACUAG